AUGCCGAAAGUUCGCCGCGCGACGCGAGAUCUGGAGGACAGGUUAAAGAAAAAGCUUAAGAAGUCUAGUUCCGGCAAACCAACAUCAACAUCAAAACCAAAACCAAUUCCUUUAGUGGAGCGCACAAAUGCGUUAUCUCUGGAGGAGUUCACAGCAUUAUACAUCCCGCCAUCGGAACUGAGUUUCCAGAAGACGAAAAGGAAGACAGCACCCGCAGGACAUUCAGACCUAACACCCAAACCACAACCCAACGUAGACGUCCCUCAAACUCAAGAGGCCACCAGAGUCGUAUACGACCUCUCAAUCUACACAGCAGCCACAAUUCCCGCCUCUGAGCUGGCCCUAUGCUUCCGGCUCAUUGAGCUCACGUCAUCAGCCGCAUAUAAGAGCUCCAGUAUGGGCUGGUCACCGGUCGAGAAGAGGAAGGAAAUGAAACUCCCUGACAUGAAGUAUAUGGUUCUGCGACGGCGUUCAGCUGCAGUGGACGCGAACGCUGUGCCCGAUGAAGAUCGAGAUGCAGGUGAAGGGAAUGACUCGACCGGAGACUUCGCAGGUUUCCUCGAAUUCAUGGUCACGUACGAAGACGGAUACGAGGUACUCUAUUGUUAUGAGAUCCACCUUACCCCCCAGGUCCAGGGGCAGGGAUUAGGGGAGGCGUUGCUAGAGCGGUUUGAGAAGAUAGGACAGCGGAUUGGAGUUGUGAAGGCGAUGUUGACGGUUUUCAAGUCGAAUAGCCGCGCGAUCAAGUUCUACACAAGGGUGGGGUACGAAGAGGACGAGAACUCUCCGCGGCCGCGCAAGUUACGGAAUGGGACAGUAAAGGAGGCUGAUUAUAUGAUUAUGUCCAAAAGCUUGCGCUAG